GUACUCCCCAGGCAUUCUCUUUCUCUCUCUCUCUCUCUCAUCCCCCUAGCUUCUCUCUCUGUGCAAAGAAAGAUAGUACUUUGAUGACCACUGCUACUAAUAUUAUAUCAGGCCUCAGCUUCCAUAAAUAACUAGUACUAUACUUCCCUUUUUCACUAACUUUUCGCUCAAACCACCAUCCCCAAAAAAACUCUGAUCUUUUCUCUUUCUCUUCAUUUAAUCUUUUUUCCUUUAUAAAAAAUCUCUAUCUCUGACUAAGUUACUAGUAAGUCUCUGGAAAAAUUAAUUCAUCUCUGUGUUAUAUUAAAAAAAUGCAAUUCUUUAAAUCAACCCUAGUUGGAUCCUACUAAAAGGGUACCUCGAAAACAAUGCAAAUCAUGACUCACUCAUGAUCAUAUAAUCACUCUUUUUCACCCUUUUCCUUCCUUCAUUCCUUCCUUCAUUCAUUCAUUCCAUUCUCAUCAAGUACUCUAUACUAUACCCUAAUUAAAUCACAUCCUAAAAUGCAUACUUUAUUUUCACCUUUGUUAGAACCAGACCUAUCUUUAAACAUAAGUCUUCCUUCUAAUAUUUCUGAUUCUGAACCCAAAGGAAUAACAAAUAUAUGUUCAAUAUCAACUACUUCUGAUUCAGCUAGUAGUGGAAGUGAAUUAAGCCAUGAAAAUCCAUUUAUCUAUCCUCAUCAACGUGACCCAACAUUGAGAUUAGGCUUUGGAAAUUCAGAUUUGAUGAAUCCACAUCAUCAUAAUCAUCACCUUCAUCGUCAUCAAGUUCAAGGGGUUUCAAGAAACUUUAACCAACACUUCCAACCUCACAUCUAUGGCCGCGAUUUCAAGCGAAAUACAAGAGUCGUUAAUGGUGUUAAAAGAAGUGUUAGAGCUCCAAGAAUGAGAUGGACUACAACCCUUCAUUCCCAUUUUGUUCAUGCUGUUCAACUACUUGGUGGUCAUGAAAGAGCAACACCAAAAUCUGUGUUAGAGUUAAUGAAUGUGAAGGAUCUAACCCUAGCACACGUCAAGAGUCACUUACAGAUGUAUAGAACAGUGAAGACCACUGACAAAUCAGGAGCAGGUCAUGGGAUACUGCAGACACAAGGGAUUAAUAUUGUUCCUUUGCAUGGAGCUAAUUCUUCAGCUGAUGAGAGACCAAAUUUACCUCAACCACUUCAAAAUUCACUUAGGACAUCUUGGCAACCAUCAAUAGAGACAAAUACAAACAAUACUGAAGAAAAAUCCGAAAUUGGUUUGACGUAUUCUCAAUUGAAGGAAAAUGAUACCAUGGUGAAGAGGUUGGAUUCUGCCCAAUUGAUUGACUUAGAAUUCACACUUGGAAGGCCUAAUUGGGGAAAAGACCAUGCUGAAUCAUCAAGAGAAUUAUCUCUUCUUAAGUGUUAAAUUAAUUAAUUAUAAACACUAAUUAAUUAAACUUUCCUUGUCAUUAAUGAAUAGUGUACUACUACAUUACUAGGAAAUUUUCCAUGUGAAUGAUUUAAUAUAUCUAUCUAAGUUUUGUAUGAAAGUGAAAUGAGGAAUAUUGGGAUAAAUAUUUGCUACAAAACAUAUGCUUGAGUCCAAAGAAUUUCAGGACAUUGUCUUUGAUGUCA